AUAUUACAUUAUAAUUUGGAAGCUGAUGGAGGCAAGAUAUCUGAGGCAAGUUCAGAGGUUUAGGAGAGAGACCUUAACUUUUUCAGAUUGUUUUUAGGUAGGGGGGUCCCCUUUAAAGGAUUACUAACUUCUUCAAACCCACUGAAGGCACCAUGGUGGAACAGGAGCUGUUACUAGCAUGCAGUUAUCCUUCAAAAAACUGCUAUUCAACAAUAGUUAUGAACUCCCGACUACGUGCUUUGGGUGGGAGAAUAAAUAAUAUACGCGUUUCAGAACUGCCAAAAGAGAAGACACGAUCAGAAAUCAUCUGUAAUCUCCAUUUCUUGGAUGGCUUGGUACAGACCUUCAAAGUUAAUAAACAAGAUACUGGUCAAGUUCUGUUGGAUAUGGCUUUUAAUCACUUGGGUAUAACAGAAAAAGAAUAUUUUGGUUUGCAACAUGGUGAAGAUUCAGUGGAUUCUCCUAGAUGGCUUGAAUCCAGUAAACCAAUCAGAAAACAACUCAAAGGACCUUUCCCCUGUACCCUGAAUUUUCGAGUAAGAUUUUUUAUACCUGAUCCCAACACAUUGCAGCAAGAACAAACAAGGCACUUAUACUUCUUGCAACUGAAGAUGGAUAUUUGCGAAGGAAGGUUAACAUGCCCUCUUAAUUCUGCAGUAGUUCUUGCAUCAUAUGCAGUACAAUCUCAGUUUGGAGACCAUAACUCUUCACUGCAUCUUUCAGGAUAUCUUUCCGAUAGCCAGUUUAUACCAGAUCAGAAUAAAGACUUUGUAACCAGAGUAGAGUCACUACAUGAACAGCACAGUGGCCUAAAGCAAUCUGAAGCAGAAUCCUGCUUUAUUAACAUUGCCCGAACGCUAGAAUUCUAUGGAGUGGAAUUGCACAGUGGUAGAGAUCUACAUAAUUUAGAUCUGACGAUUGGAGUUGCUGCAGCUGGCAUUGCCGUUUACCGCAAACAUAUCUGCACAAGUUUCUAUCCUUGGAUGAACAUCCUAAAAAUCUCCUUCAAAAGAAAAAAGUUUUUUAUACAGCAACACCACAAGCAUGAUGAAGCCAGAGAGCACAUCAUUGCCUUCAAUAUGCUAAAUUAUAGAUCUUGCAAAAACUUAUGGAAAUCCUGCGUGGACCACCAUACAUUUUUUCAGGCAAAGAAAACAAUAUCUCGUGAAAGAAGUAUCCUAGCUCAGUAUUGGACAUUAGGUUCUAAAAAUCCCAAAAAGUCUUUAAACAACCAGUACUGCAGGAAGGUGAUAGGUGGGAUGGUGUGGAACCCAACCAAGAGGAGAUCUUUAUCAGUAGAGCAUUUAGAAACCAAAAGUCUUCCUUCUCGAUCUCCUCCAAUUACUCCCAGUUGGCGAAGUCCUAGAUUACGUCAUGAAAUUAGAAAACCACGGCAUUCAUCUGCGGAUAACCUUGCAAGUGAAACAACAUACCUUACAGAAACGGAAGAUGUAUUUUAUACCUACAAAGUUUCUCCAUCCUCAAAAGACAGUGAUUCAGAAUUUUCGCAGAAUCGAAGUCCACAGAGACAGAAUGAAUUGGAAGACAGCCCAAACUCUCAGACCCAGACAUCGUCCAGUACCUUAUCUCAGUUUGUAAAUGCUCCAGGUUGCUGUUCCAUCGAUGGGGUAGAUCAUCAAGUUUUAGACACUUAUACCAGUGUUAAUAAAGGCAGCUUCACAGAAGAUUCUAAUCAGGACUACUAUGAUAAGAAUGAAGAUGGUGAUGGUUAUCUACUCCUGGUGUGUAUUACUCCAGAUGAAGAUGGAAAAUUUGGAUUUAAUCUUAAGGGUGGUGUUGAUCAGAAAAUGCCUCUUGUAGUGUCAAGGAUCAGCCCAGAGUCACCGGCUGAUAAAUGCAUUCCUAAGCUGAAUGAAGGGGAUCAAAUAGUACUUAUAAAUGGCAGAGACAUCUCAGAGCACACCCACGAUCAAGUAGUGAUGUUUAUCAAAGCCAGCCGGGAGUCGCACACAAGAGAACUGGCACUAUUGAUCAGGAGGAAAGUUGUCCAUUCAUUUGCUGAAGCCAAAUCAGAAGAUGAAAUAAACUGUCAACUUUUCCCAGAGUCCAUUCUCCCUAUGAAUUCAAAGUAUGAUACCACCUUGGAAGAAUCUAUAGAACAGCUAAAGGAAGGCCUAGAAAGUGGGACCGUGCUUAUUCAGUUUGAGCAACUCUAUAGAAAGAAGCCAGGUUUGCCCAUCACAUUUGCAAAACUGUCUCAAAAUUUGGACAAAAAUCGCUACAAAGAUGUGCUGCCUUAUGAUACCACUCGGGUAUUAUUGCAGGGAGAUGAAGAUUAUAUUAAUGCAAGUUAUGUGAAUAUGGAAAUUCCUUCUACAAAGAUUGUGAACCAGUAUAUUGCCACACAAGGCCCGCUUCCACAUACCUGUGUGCACUUUUGGCAAGCAGUCUGGGAUCGUAAGUUAUCACUUAUCAUCAUGCUGACCACACUCACAGAACGAGGACGGACCAAAUGUCAUCAGUACUGGCCCGACCCUCCAGAUGUCAUGGAAUAUGGGACCUUUCGUAUCAAAUGUCAGUCAGAAGUUUGCACCAUUGCCUAUGUUUUUAGAGAAAUGCUGGUCACAAAAAUUGAGACAGGGGAAGAACACACAGUUACUCAUCUCCAGUAUGUUGCUUGGCCUGAUCAUGGGGUUCCUGAGGAUUCAUCAGACUUUUUGGAAUUUGUAACCUAUAUGAGGGCAAUGAGAGUGGAAAAUGAACCCAUCUUAGUUCACUGCAGUGCUGGAAUAGGUCGAACUGGUGUGUUGGUCACUAUGGAAACAGCCAUGUGUUUAAUUGAAAGAAGCCAGCCUGUUUAUCCAUUGGAUAUUAUCCGAAAAAUGAGAGACCAGCGUGCUAUGAUGGUGCAGACAUCAAGCCAGUACAAGUUUGUGUGUGAAGCUAUCCUUCGUGUCUACAGCGACGGUCUGGUUCAGCCACUAGAUUCUAGCUAACGUGACUGUUCACCAUUUCUCAAGAACACCAGCCGUAGGAGCAAGACACAUCGGACUGGAAUCAGCAAAAUAGAUCCACAGAGGCUAUAAGAAGAGAAUGAGAACCUUUGAACUCUGCACUUUAAAUUUCCAUAGAAAGAAAAAAAAGCAUUUUGUAUAUAUGAAUACGUAGAUACAUAUGCAUGCGGUUGUGUAUAAUACCAUUCAUACGCAUAUGUGUGGACAGAAGCUUCAGUGGUAUGCUGCUUGCUUCUGUUAUCCAAUGGAGAAAUAAUCAAAAGGAAAGAAAGACUCAAGGGGAACUCAUGGCCUCUGUCUUAACUUGCCUUUAAAAAAACUUUCCUGUAGGCAGCCAUAAUAACCCUAGUAGCCAUCAUUUUGCUGAGCAUUCAGAAACUAAGUAGCAUCAGUUAUUUUAGGCUUAUCAAGUAUUUUGUUUGAGAAAAAAAUACUAAAGGCUAAGUGUUUUAGGCUCCUAGAAAGAAUUGGAACAGAGGAUUAAUUCUCUUUCCCAUUGUUAAAAACUGCUUAUUUGUCAAUGGAUCUGUGAUUUCAUUUGUCUGGGUACUCCCUCAGUGCUUUCUUAUCUUGUUCACUUUUUUAUCUGUGUUUGUCUUCUUUAGAGGAUCCUGCCCAAUGCACUAAAAACCUUCCUCUAGGUUUUUUAUUGUUGUUUUUUUUUAACAUUUUGUAAAUACCAUUGUACUACCUAGUACACCAGCUCAUCUAUUAUCUCUCAGCCUCAUUUAUGUGAUAGAUGGGCCCACACCCUUUUCCUGUCAUACAUACCCUCAGUGUUCUAUUUCGCACCACUUUUUAUACACAAAUCAUCAUUGUGAUAUGCUGCAGCCUUCUUACACUUACCCUGUGUUUUUUCCAUUGCCCUGUGAGUUGCCCACCAUUUUGAUUCCUCUGAUAUCGUGGUGUUCCAAGAUUUGGUGUCAUAAAACAUCACUGAGAAGAGUAUUGAAGUUUAAAAAAAAAAAAAAAGAUGGGUUUUUAAUUCAGGGAGUAGAAACCCUUGAAAGAAU